AUGGGGCUCAGCUGUUCGCUCCCCUCUCGCCCUGUCACUCCGUCCCCGGCCGGCCGCGAGCGCCCCUCUGCAGCCAGGCCCGGGGGUCGGCGCUGGCCAGACCGAGGCCGGGGCCCGUCUCGGGGCGCUGAGCUGCUCCGGGGCAGGAUUUACCCAGCGGCGAGGGGGCCCGAAGCUCAGAGCAUGACGGAGAAGGAGGCGCUGGCGCCACCAGCCUCACCCGCGCCAGGGGGGAAGCCCGCGAGCAGGCUCCGGGUGCUGAAGCAGCUGUUUCUGCGGAGGCCCAAGGAGGAGCCGCCGGCGGAGCCGCAGCCCAACGGGGAGUUGGUCAGCCCCACGGGGGGGCCCCUCUACUACUACUACGAGGAGGAGGAGGAGGAGGAAGAGGAGCCCGAGCCGCCCCCCGAGCCCCCGAAGCCCGUCAACGACAAGCCCCACAAGUUCAAGGAUCAGUACUUCAAAAAGCCCAAGUUCUGUGACGUCUGCGCCCGCAUGAUUGUCCUCAACAACAAAUUCGGCCUGAGAUGCAAGAACUGCAAAACCAGCAUCCACCAGCACUGCCAGUCCUACGUGGAGAUGCAGCGCUGCUUCGGCAAGAUCCCCCCCGGAUUCCGCCGGGCGUACAGCUCCCCCCUCUACAGCAACCAGCAAUACGCCUGCGUCAAGGAACUGCUCUCGGCAGCCAAUCGCAGCGACCCCGUGUUCGAGACCCUCCGGACGGGCGUCAUCAUGGCCAACAAGGAGCGGAAGAAAGGACAAGAUGAUAAGAAGAACCCCUUGGCCGCCAUGAUGGACGAGGAGCCGGAGCCUGGGAAGCACGAAGUGGGCAAACUCGAGGCAGGCAACCCAGAAGGGGACAAGAAGGCAGAGAAAAGCACCCCCGAUGACAAGACCAAGAAGCCCCAGCCCGGCUUCCUGCAGACUCAUUACUUCGUGGCGCUUUAUCGCUUCAAAGCCCUGGAGAAGGACGACCUGGAUUUCCACCCGGGGGAGAAGAUCACGGUGGUGGACGACUCCAACGAGGAGUGGUGGCGGGGGAAGAUCGGCGAGAAAAUCGGCUACUUCCCCCCAAACUUCAUCAUCCGGGUGCGGGCGGGCGAGCGGGUGCACAAGGUCACCAGGUCCUUUGUGGGCAACAAGGAGAUUGGGCAGAUCACGCUGAAGAAGGAUCAGAUCGUGGUGCAGAAGGGGGAGGAAGUGAACGGGUACGUCAAGGUGUACACCGGCCGCAAGGUGGGGCUCUUCCCCGUCAACUUCCUGGAGGAGAUUUGAGCCCCGGCCAGCGCUGGCAGCAGCCUUCAGCCAAGGGGUGAGCGGGCCGGGCCUGGAGCCGCGCCUCGGGCCCGACCACGGCCACUGGGGCAUUUCCGUGGAGACAGCUCCCGGGGCCGGCUGCAGACGGAGCCCCCCUCCCGGGAUGAAUUCCCCGCAUCGCUGCAGGGAGCGGAUCCUCAGCUCGGCUGGGACCCGUCUGCCACCUUGGCCCGGGACAGUGAGGGGCCGGCGGGGACCCAUCCGCUCCCUUGGCCCGGGACAGUGAGGGGCCGGCGGGGACCCAUCCGCUCCCUUGGCCCGGGACAGUGAGGGGCCGGCGGGGACCCAUCUGCCACCUUGGCCCGGGACAGUGAGGGGCCGGCCGGGACACGUCGCAGGCUGGGGCACGCAGCGGAUCCCUUGUUUGCUCUCUCUGGAGGAUGGAAGUGGGGUGGCGGCGCCGAGGGGGGCAGACAGGAGCCCUCCUGGACGUGUUCCUUUGCUGCGAUGCCCCGUUGCUGCCUUCGGACACCUCCCGUCCUGCCAGGCUCACCGACGGGCAGAGGCGGGGGGGGUUCACUUAGGGCUGGGGUACCUUCCCCGGGGUGUGUGUGGGGGCGGGGGGUUACGCCGGCUGUUGCUAGAUGUUUGCGAUCUUGCUACGUCUUGUCAAUAUACCCGU